AUGGCCGAGGACAACGCUGUCUCGGCCUCCGCCAAAGGGGCAACGUUCAUGGUGCUGCUCCAGAUGUCAAGCCGGGCCUUAACGUUCGCCUUGAACCAGGUCCUACUGCGCUUCCUCUCCCCACAACUGCUAGGAGUCGCCGUGCAAUUGGAGCUCUUGAUCAUUUCGACCCUCUACUUCUCACGAGAGUCGCUUCGUAUAGCCACGCAGCGGCGCUCGGAUGGCGGUGUCCAGGCGGCUAUCAAUCUCUCCUACCUGUGUAUUGCCGCAGGCCUGCCCAUCGGUGCCUUCUUGGCACAGCUGUACAUCUGGAAAGGCAACAUGACUGGGGUGAAGUACCUCGAAACAGCACUCCGGAUCAAUCAGUUCACCGUCAUGAUUGAGCUGCUCGGCGAGCCAGGCUUCGUCGCGGUGCAACAAUGCAUGCUUUACAAAACGCGUGCGGCUGCUGAAGCGGCUGCGGUUAUCAUGAAGACAUUAUCCACAGCAGGUCUAGUGUUCUGGAGUCGCUAUCGAGGCUACGAUCUUGGGGUGCUACCUUUCGCGGCGGGUGAGCUGGCCUACUCUACAUCGCUUACCCUGGUCUACCUCUCACAGACCAGCUACGCUGCGCGGCUUAGAAACUUCACUCUAUGGCCCAGUAAAAUGCAGUCGAGCUCUUCCCAUGACUACAUCUUCUCUCUUUUCUCAAAACCGCUGCUCUACCUCUCCGCAUCUCUGUACUUACAGACCGGCAUCAAAUGGCUACUCACUGAAGGCGACAAACUUCUCAUCGGUGCCUUCGCCACCCUCGAAGACCAAGGAAUGUACGCGCUUUCGGCCAAUUACGGCGGGCUCAUAGCACGCAUGCUAUUCCGCCCCAUCGAAGACAGCUCCCGUAACUUGUUCGCAAAGCUAUGUGCCGCACCGCCACCUCAGCAAGAACUAUCGGCAGGGAAAGACACAAGGCAUGAGAACGGUGACGCCGCGAAACCUACGAAAGGUGACCCGAAGCCGGAGGCUCAGUCAGCCAACUAUCAUCAAGCGGCGCAGAUCCUCCAGACUCUACUCCGCACUUACUCCAUCUUCUCCCUGCUUGCCUUCACCCUGGGACCCAUUGCGGCGCCACUGCUCCUCCAGCUAGUCGCCGGCUCCCGCUGGUCCGAUUCCGGUGCCGGCUUGGUCCUAGCCACAUACAGCUACUGCAUCCCACUCCUUGCCCUCAACGGCGUAUCCGAGGCGUUCGUGGCCGCCACCGCUUCAACUACCGAGCUUCAGGCACAGAGUCUGUGGAUGGGCGGCUUCAGCGUGGCCUUCGCGGCGUCUGCGUACGUCUUUCUCCGAGUACUGGAGUGGGGAGCGCAGGGACUUGUGUGGGCCAACUGCGUCAAUAUGGGGUUGAGGAUCGUGUUCAACUUGCGUUACGCUAAGAGCUUCUUUCAGCGGCAGGGCGUGGAGUGGAAGGUUACGGACGUCCUGCCGAAUGUGUAUGCCUUGGGCGCUAGUGCGGUUGUGCCGGCGCUGUUGACGCAGGUCAGGGGGUUGCUGGGUGGAAGAUUCGGGAUUCUCGGACAUUUGGUUGAGGUCGGAAUUGUAGGAGGGCUGUUUGCGGGCUUUAUUGCUGCUACGGAGCGUCAUUUUCUGACGGAGUGCUAUAGACGGUUCAGAGCAUAG